AUGUUUGUGAUGGGAUUGACCCAUGAGAAAUAUGAUCAUUCCUUUAAGAUUGUCAGUAAUGCCUCCUGCACUCCCAACUGCUUGGUCCCCUUGGCCAAGGUUAUUCAUGACAAUGUUGGCAUUGUGGAAGGACUCAUGACCAUAAUCCAUGCCAUUACUGCUAUCCAGAAGACAGCAGAUGGCCUUUCUGGUAAGGUCAUACUGGAGCUAAGUGGGAAGCUCACAGGCCUGGCCUUCUGUGUUCCUACUCCCAAUAUAUUUAUUGUGGAUCUGACCUGUUGUUUGGAGAAACCUGCCAAACAUGACAAUAUCAAGAAAGUGGUAAAGCAAAUUUCAGAGGGACCUUUGAAGGGCAUCUUGAUUUACAUAGAGGACAAGGUUGUAUCCUGUGACUUCAACAAGUGGCACUCUUCAAUCUUUGAUGCUGGCACUCAUAUUGCCUCUAAUGACCUUUUUGUCAAGUUCAUUUCUUGUUAUGACAAUGAAUAUGAUUAUAGUAACCAUGCAGUAGAUCUCAUCAUCUACAUGGUCUUCAAGGAGUAA